UGAAUAACAAUUGUAUAUGUAUAAAAAGAAUUGUAUUUCGGCUGCAAUUCAUUGUAAGCAGCACUGACAUCCAUUGUUUCUUUCUCCUACUACUCCUACUACUACUACUACUAUUACUACUACUAUGCAAGACAUGUCGAAUAACGCCGUCAUUGUUAGAAAGCUGAUGCAGAGUUCCGAGGGGUAUCCGAAAGUUGGAGAAAACAUUGACUUUGUUCGGAGACCAUAUGACGCUUCCCAAUUACAGCUGUCAGAUAAUUUCCCUGUCUUGGCUAAAGUGCUCUACAUAUCGGUGGACCCAUUUUUGAAGCUUCGUCUGAUAGAAAAUCUUGAUGCUGAUGAGGAAGUAACAAAGCCGUUUGAAGAAGGGAAACCAUUGUCUUGUUAUGCUGUUGUCACCGUUAUUGAUUCUUUAUCGGAGAAAUGGAAGAAAGGUGACAGGCUGUUUUCUUUUGCUAAUUGGGAAGAGUAUACGCUUCUGUCGACACAAACGCUCGAGUCGUCUUGUCUGAUCACUGACAAAGAUGACAGCAUGCUGAAAGAUUAUCUCGGUGUAUUGGGUAUGGCUGGCCAUACGGCUUAUAUCGGUUUAAAGCAUGUUGGUCACCCAAAGGCUAACGAGACUGUCUUGGUCUCUUCGGCAUGCGGAGCUGUCGGUAUGAUGGCAGGACAACUUGCAAAGUCAUUCGGCUGUUAUGUAGUCGGCAGUGCCGGUUCUGAUGAAAAGGUUGAGUUCCUGAAAAAUGAACUUCAUUUUGAUGACGCAUUCAAUUAUAAAAAGGAAAACUAUUCAGAUGCUUUAAAAAGAACUUGUCCCAAGGGCAUUGAUGUGUAUUUUGAUAAUGUUGGCGGAGAGCUUUUGGAUACCGUUUUCCUUCAUGCAAACCUGUAUGCACGUAUCAUAUAUUGCGGUGCAUUGAGCCAGUACUGUGCCAAGGAGCCAUACGGUUUAAAAAAUACAAUGCAAAUGAUUACGAAAUGCAUCCGGUUUGAGGGUUUCUCGUAUUAUUACUACUACUCGUUGUACUGGGACGAAUGCUGCUCUACUAUAAAGAAGCUUCUUAGCGAACAGAAGCUUCAUUUUAAAUUGGAUAUGAAAGUGGGUUUGGAACAAACUCCCGAGGCCUUUACUUCGAUGCUUCAAGGCAAAAACUUUGGAAAAGUUAUUGUCCAAGUUGCACAGGACUAAAUGUAGAAGUGAUGUUAGCUACUUAAUGAAUUCAAAUAUUAUGAUGAGUAUAAGACGUCUGUGUAGAA